AUGGCGAGUGGCUUCUGGGUACUGCUCACAGACAAGAAAGCUCUAGGAGGGCAGAACCAGGGCCACAGAAAGAGCCAGGACUAUCUGAGGCUGCUUUCAAGUGUAGGCAAAAUGAAGGUGACUCUAGUGAACCUAUUGUUUAUGAUGUUGCUGCUGCUGCUAGGCCUGGGGAUGGGCCUGGGCCUCGGCCUUCACAUGGCUGCUGCAGUCCUGGAGGACAGUGAUCAGCCACUGAGUGAUUUUUGGCCUGGUGACUCCCGGGACACAGCUGAGACCACGGAAGAGGGAGAGGACACCCGGACCACAGAAGCCCUGGUGCUUGGCUACAAAGAAAUGGCACAACCUAUUGGGCCAGAAGAAACUGUCCUCAAUGAAGAUGAAGUUGGAGGAAGUAGGAUGCUGAGGGCUGACACUCUCUUUCAGAGCAAACAAGAUUACCUGAGGUUUGACUUUCGUGUCAGAGAAUGUAACACCUUGAUGGCACCCAAGAUGAAGGGGCAUAAUCACAGUUGCAUAACCCAAUACACAUUCAUCCACGAGGAUCCAAGCACGGUCAAAGCAGUCUGUGACAGUCCUCCGGUAGCCUGUGGCCUCAAGGGGGGCAAAUGUCACAAAAGCUCCCGUCCUUUCGAUCUGACAUUCUGCAGGUUGUCCAAAGCAGGCCAGGUCACUCCCAACUGCCAUUAUCUGACUUACAUAUUUGAAAAGGUCAUUGUCACAACAUGCAGUGACACAAAGCCACUGGAGGUUAACUGAGGCAGCUCCUGCCUCUCCCUUCUCUUCACCUCAUUGUCUUUCUUC